AUGAUACUCAAGCUUCUGCUAUUUCUGUUAGCCGUCUGUGUCCUCGCUACCCCUGUGCCGCCACCAGGCCAGGUGUAUGUGCCAUGGACCCCAGAGCCUAAUACGCGCGGUACAUUCAGUAUCAUCUGCACAUGUGGCGUCACCCUCGGCCUAUGCGUAUGGACUGCUAUUCACCCUGAUGUCAUGGUCGACGGAACCCCCAAUCAGCGCUUUAAGAGGAAGCUAGAGAUGUCGUUUAAGGCACUUGUGAUGCCAGAGGAUAUCUUGACAGCCGCUCGAAUGCAGUGGGGUCAUGCACGACAGCUACAUCGAGCGUUGAUCGCCGCAAGAUUUAUCAUGCAAAACAUGGAUCAGAGACAAAAGAGAUUUUCCAAAACUCGAACUAACGCCGACACAUCGGAGAAAUCAGGAGAUAUGCCUGAAUCGACCAAGUCACCAAAAGUACACCGACAGGCAAGCCCGGAACAGACAAAUCACACUAUAGAGCGCUCCCUAACCCUUCCAGAAAGACUGUUUUUUCGUGUUGCAGCCUGGGCCAAAAGGUCAAUCGAGGAGCCUAUCACGAGUCUGUUCAACAACUACAUCUUGGCCCCUACUGCUGAAUUCCUGGAACGAUGGGGGUGGGGCGUCUCUAGAGCCCCAUUGUCAAUGCAGGUGGCUUACUUUGUUGUUAUGGGUGGCUUUAUCAGGUCCGAUGACCGCACCCGCAUCACAUGUGAAGACUUCUACCGUGCGUUUGUGAAGGAUCCUGAAGGACUGAUCAGCCAGGUCAAAUUGAAGGAUAUCGUCGACAAGGGAAAUGCAAGCUUGCUUGCAAAGAUGAUUGUCUGUUUCCAGGGUGGUUGGUUUGUACUUCAGCUUAUCGGUCGCCGUGUAGCCCAUUUGCCCCUCGCGUUUCUUGAAAUUCAUGUCUCGAUUCAUAUCCUCAUCGCUGCAGUAAUCUAUGGCAUGUGGUGGAACAAACAACUGGAUGUCAAUGAGCCUAUCGAGCUUCAAAUUGAAGGAAACAACGAAAACCCAAGCGAGUUUUGGUGGGCUGCGCCAUCAUACGCAGUGCGUCCAAGACACGGGCUUGGGAGGUUUAUCUGGCGGUUGUGGCUAUUGCCCCCCCAGAAGCCGGAUUACGUUUUUAUUAAUUCCUUCUGGGCGAUUGCUGAGGGCGAGAUUACAGCGAUUCGUAGUCCUAAUCCAUCCAACAACCCAAAUCACCGAACGGUAAUCAAAAAGGGAUGUCGGGGAUGUCGCCAUGGUGAACAGAUCACAGGGAUAUUUCACAUCACGACCAUGCCUCUAGAAAAGAAAGAAGGUGACGGAGAGGAUGAACCACUUCCUAUCGUGGCACCACAGCUAUCCCCCAAGGAGGAUAUCGGUAAUCAGAUUAUUCGAACAACUCCCCUCCGGAAAGAUAACAUACCGCAAAACCUCGACAACAAUCAAGAAAGUGACAACCAGAUGAAAGAGGAUCUCACCAUCGAGCAUGCGAGAGCAAGGGACAUCAGAAAGCGGAGUGUCUUUGCCUGCGUCUUCUACAUCCUCUACUCCGGGCUUCACGCAACGGCUUGGAAUUCAUACUUUCCAUCGGAAAUCGAGCGAUGGGUCUGGCGAGGUUCAUGCUUGGUGGUCGGAUCUGUGCCGCUUGCGCUUCUUCUUUUGGCCGGCUUGGCAAUCUUGAUCAAGAAGCUCAAGGUGGAUCAUGACGCAAAGAAAUUGAGGGAUAGUCAGUGGUACUUGGGAUAUAUCCUGUGGAUAAUCUAUCUCGUGGCUGCGGGUUCCUUGUUGCUUGAGUCGUUUGUUAGUUUGCGGAGUUCCUUGAGCGGAGUAUAUCAGAAGGUGGCGUGGGCGGCAUAUCUUCCACAUAUCUAA